UGGACCGUAGAAGACUGCCCGGCGGCGGGACGAAAAUUCCUGGCGGAUACUCUACUAAGGACCCGUCCUCCCCCUGGCUCGCACCAUCUACGUAAAAUGCGAAACUUCCAGGAUACCUUAGGCCUAGGAACCAUCAUGCAUGCAGUUCGUCCUCCGCGGGCCUGGGAGCACAGCAAGCUGUCCAUUUCCUAGUUGAAUUUGCUUUGGACAACAUUUUGAAACAGAGCUGAUAUGCCACUUGAAUUAAUAAAAGAAGUCAAUGGAGUGCCUGAAGUUGAGCUGCUAAGUGAAUUAAACAAAGUAGAUAUCAGUUCUCUACAGCCAGGUUGUGAUUAUAGCAAAAAAUACAUCCAGGGAAAACUCUCACUUAUUUCUUCUUUAACUUAUGGUGGAAACAGAACAGCUGUUUUGAAGAUUGCACUACAAGAACAAGAAAAUUCAAAUUCAGAGAUCAACACCAUCAAUGUAUUAUUUUUUGGAAAAUUAGCAAAGGACUGUGCAAAAGUUUUCUAUGAAGGGGACACCAUUGCUGUAGCUGGAUUUACUGUGUUGUCGGCAUCUUCAUCUACAAGCAGAGAUGGUAAACAUCGCUUAUUUUUGAAAGCAUUUGAAGACUUCAGAUCAACUGUUUAUGUUUAUGUUAAAUCUGUCAGAGAUUUUUCUUCAGAAUCAAUGUCUUUGGUUCCAGCAACACAUUAUAUAUAUACACCCCUGAAUCAACUUAAGGGUGGUACAAUUGUCAAUGUCUAUGGUGUUGUGAAGUUCUUUAAACCUCCAUAUCUAAGCAAAGGAACUGAUUAUUGCUCAGUUGUAACAAUUGUGGACCAGACAAAUGUAAAGUUAACCUGCCUGCUCUUUAGUGGAAAUUAUGAAGCCCUUCCAAUAAUUUAUAAAAAUGGAGAUAUUGUUCGCUUUCAUAGGUUGAAGAUCCAAGUGUAUAAAAAGGAGACUCAGGGUAUCACCAGCUCUGGCUUUGCGUCUUUGACAUUUGAGGGAACUUUGGGAGCUCCUAUCAUACCUCGUACUUCAAGCAAGUAUUUUAACUUCACUGCCGAGGACCACAAAAUGGUAGAAGCUUUACGUGUUUGGGCAUCAACUCAUAUUUCACCUUCUUCGACAUUGGUAAAAUUGUGUGAUGUUCAACCACUGCAGUAUUUUGACCUGACUUGUCAGCUCUUGGGCAAAGCAGAAGUGGAUGGAGCAUCAUUUCUUUUAAAGGUAUGGGAUGGCACCAGGACCCCUUUCCCAUCUUGGAGAGUCUUAAUACAAGACCUUGUACUUGAAGGAGAUUUAAGUCAUAUCCAUCGGCUGCAGAAUCUGACAGUAGACAUUUUAGUCUAUGAUAAUCAUGUUCAAGUGGCAAAAUCUCUGAAGGUUGGAAGCUUUCUUAGAAUUUAUAGCCUCCAUACCAAACUUCAGUCAGUGAAUUCGGAGAACCAGGCAACAUUGUUAGCUCUAGAGUUUCAUCUCCAUGGCGGUACCAGUUACGGCCGGGGAAUCAGAGUCUUGCCAGAGAGUAACUCUGAUGUGGAUCAGUUGAAAAAGGUUUUAGAAUCUGCCGAUUUGACAGCCAAUCAGUGUUUUGAUGGUAUAUGCUACUCAGAACACGAGGACAGCUUUCGGACUCUUUCAAGCUCUGGAUCAGUAUCUCUAUAUGAGGUAGAAAGAUGUCAGCAACUAUCAGCUACAAUACUUACAGAUCAUCAGUAUUUGGAGAAAACCCCAAUAUGUGCUAUUUUGAAACAAAAAGCUCCUCAGCAGUAUCGUAUUCGAGCAAAAUUAAGGUCAUAUAAGCCCAGAAUACUCUUUCAGUCUGUUAAACUUCAUUGUCCUAAAUGUCAUGCACUGCAAGAAGUUCCACAUGAGGGUGAUUUGGAUACAAUUUUACAAGAGGGUGCAAGUAAAAUCCCAGAUAUCAAACUACAAAAUACAUCAUUAUAUGAUUCGAAAAUGUGGACCACUACAGAUCAAGGGGGACGAAAAGUAGCGGUUCAUUUUGUAAAACAUAAUGGUAUUCUUCCACUUUCAAAUGACUGUCUGAUUUUGAUAGAAGGAGGUACACUCGGUGAAAUCUACAAACUCGCAAACAAGUUUCAUAGUGUGAUUCCUGUGAGAUCUGGCCAGGAAGACUUGGAAGUCCUUAAUCUUUCAGCACCAUUCCUUAUACAAGGAAAAGUACAUCACUACGGAUGUAAACAAUGUUCUACUUUGAGACCAAUACAAAAUCUAAAUUCCCUGGUUGAUAAAACACCAUGGAUUCCUUCUUCUGUGGCAGAAGUACUGGGUAUUGUACCCCUUCAACAUGUGUUUGUAAUGACAUUUACUCUUGAUGAUGGAACAGGAGUAUUGGAAGCUUAUCUCAUGGAUUCUGACAAAUUCUUCCAGAUCCCGGCAUCAGAAAUCCUAAUCAAUGAUGACCUUCAGCAGAGUAUGGAUAUGAUCAUGGAUAUGUUUUGUCCUUCAGGAAUAAAAAUUGAUGCAUAUCCAUGGUUGGAAUGUUUCAUCAAGUCAUAUAAUGUCACAAGUGGAAUGGAGCAGCAAAUUUGCUAUCAGAUUUUUGACACCACAGUUGCAGAAGAUGUAAUCUAAUAUUGUCAUUCAGCUUCGCGUGUGUAAAAUACUGUAAUUUUAGAAAACAUUAUUUUCUGUGAGAUUGUUACAAAACACGGAAAAGGUUUAACUAUAGUUUAUCUUCCAUUUUAACCACAAUGUAAAUUAUUUUCACAAAUAGUAUUGUGUUAUCUUAAUGCCUUCUUGUAAAUAAGUUAAAAAUGUUCCUUUUGCUCAAAUUUCCAGUAUGGUGGCUGCAAGGGGCAUAAAGGAGAAAGGGGAAUAAAGAAGGACUAUCUUCAUUUAUGCCUUGCAGCCCUUUCAGAGAAACUAUUCUGAUACCCUACACAAGAAAUCACUUUCCCUGUUGGUUUUUCCAUGUGUCAGCCACUGAUGGGUCUGCCCGCCACCAUCCAUGUUUGACCUUUUCUUGCCCUGAUUUUUGUAUCAGUAGUGUUAGUGAUUUAGCAUAGGUGUGGAGUUAGAAAAUGUCCUUACGUUAACUCAUUCAGCUUUUACUGAGUGGGAGGUAUGUAGUGGCUAGCAGUUUGGUUUUGUACAAAGGGAUCUGCUUAAACAAGUAGUCUUGUUUAGAAGUGCUCUUAUGAGUGAGUUAGAAGGUACUCACAGGAGUGGUUUAAGUGUAUGUGGCAGAAUUGCUGUCUUUCGGUGCUGUUGACCAAUUUAGGAUAAAUCCAUUUUUUAAGACCUGAAUUAUGUGCUUUUGAUUGCUUGUUUCUCUACGUGAUAUUAGAACUUAUUGCAUUCCCCCUUGAUCUAAUAAAGCAGUCAGAUUUAUUACAAUGUCACUGACUUACUUACAUUACCCUUUUUUAAUAGCAUUAUGUAAUAUAUAUCUGUAUUUCAGAUUGAACAUGGCAUGAGAUAUUAACUCAGUACAGUAGUCUGCUUUUUAUCUGACAAUGUGAAGUUUAAAAUCAUGACUAUUGAGGUUUAUACAAAUACUUCUGUAUAUUUAUAUAUAUGUAUAGACUUAUGUAUAUUAUUUGAUAAAGAUUAAGACAUACAGAUCUGCCUAGUCCAGUAUAAAUGAAGAAUAAAUUAAUGCACGUUUCA